CCAUAGAGGCGCCCGCGGCGCCUUGUGGGAAGCAGAGGGAAAUAUGGCGGAUGGUGAGGAACCGGAGAAGAAAAGAAGGAGGCUAGAGGAGCUGCUGGCGGAUGGAAUGGCUGGUGAUGGUGGGUGUGGGGACACUGGAGACUGGGAAGGUCGCUGGAACCAUGUAAAGAAGUUCCUCGAGCGAUCUGGACCAUUCACACAUCCUGAUUUCGAGCCAGGCACUCAAGCUCUUGAGUUUUUGUUAAGCACAUGUAAAGUACUAGUUAUUGGAGCAGGAGGAUUAGGAUGCGAACUCCUGAAAAACCUGGCACUGUCUGGGUUUAGACAGAUCCAUGUUAUUGAUAUGGAUACUAUAGAUGUUUCUAAUCUUAACCGACAGUUUCUGUUUCGACCAAAGGAUGUUGGGCGACCAAAAGCAGAAGUUGCAGCAGAAUUCCUAAACAGCCGCAUUCCCAACUGUGCUGUCGUAGCAUAUUUUAAAAAGAUUCAAGACAUGGAUGAAAGCUUCUAUCGACAGUUUCACAUAAUUGUUUGUGGGCUGGACUCUAUAAUUGCAAGAAGAUGGAUAAAUGGCAUGCUGAUGUCAUUUUUACAUUACGAAGAUGGAGUACUGGAUCCAAGUUCCAUCAUACCUUUAAUAGAUGGAGGCACAGAAGGUUUUAAAGGAAAUGUUCGCGUGAUUAUUCCUGGCAUGACAGCAUGUGUUGAAUGCACACUUGGGCUUUAUCCACCACAGAUCAAUUUUCCCAUGUGUACUAUUGCAUCUAUGCCCAGACUGCCAGAGCAUUGUAUUGAGUAUGUCAGGAUACUGCAGUGGCCAAAGGAGCAACCUUUCGGAGAAGGUGUUGCAUUGGAUGGAGAUGACCCUGAACAUAUACAGUGGAUUUACCAGAAGUCUUUAGAAAGAGCAUCACAAUUUAAUAUUAAAGGUGUUACAUACAGACUCACCCAAGGGGUGGUUAAACGAAUUAUUCCAGCAGUAGCUUCUACAAAUGCAGUGAUUGCAGCUGUUUGCGCCACUGAAGUUUUCAAAAUAGCCACAAGUGCGUACAUUCCUCUUAACAACUACUUGGUGUUUAAUGAUGUGGAUGGAUUAUACACAUACACCUUUGAAGCUGAAAGAAAGGAGAACUGUCCAGCCUGCAGUCAACUUCCCCAAAACAUAGAGAUUUCCCCAUCAGCUAAAUUACAGGAGAUCUUGGAUUACUUGACAAAUAAUGCUUCAUUGCAAAUGAAAUCUCCUGCAAUAACAGCAACUAUGUAUGGGGGAAAUAAAACGCUUUAUUUACAGACAGUAGCUUCAAUUGAAGAACGAACAAGGCCAAAUCUUUCCAAGACACUAAAAGAAUUGGGGCUUGUGGAUGGCCAGGAGCUUGCAGUUGCUGAUGUUACUACACCACAGACUAUGCUGUUCAAGCUUCAUUUUACCACUUAAUUUAUUCAGAAGUAAACUGGGAGAGAAAUCUGUACCCACCUUGUAAUAUAAACAUACGCUGUGGGUCUUAAAGCAACCUGAAAUGUUCACGUUAGUACUAGCAUUGUUGAAGGUUAGGUAAUACAAAUGAAUCACCAUAUUUCAGAAUUGUACGUAGAAGCCAAUAUUUGGUGGAUUAUAUUUGUAUAAAUGCUUAUUAAUGUACAGAACUGAUGUAUAGGAAUACACUUUUUCCCCCAGUUUUAGUUGUCAAAAUGUUAGUGCUAAUAUACUUUCGGACACAUGGAAAUUUUAAGGUGGCCAAAAGUCUUGUUUUCAACAGACGUGUGCACACAUAUACGCAAAGAGAAGAGCCUUUGAAAGGAAGCACAGCGAUCUGGUGUUGAAUCGUACCACUCCUACGCUUGCUGAGUCACCGUAAAACCUGAAGAGGGCAGGAGGUUAAAAUGAGCAUUUUCCUCUUAUUUGAUAUCGAUUUGAUCAAUUUUAUGGAAGGUGUUAAGUAUGGAACAGAUGACUUUGUUUACAAGCAAACACGAAAGGACAAAAUCAUCAACUGUACAUGAAAAUAGGGACACGUCUCCUCGCAGCCCCAAGCCGCCGCUGUGCACAGCAUUGCAGGGUCAUGUUCAACUAUCAUUGGUGCUGUUAAGGUAUUUAUUAAUAAAAAACCAUAAAGACACCUUA